UCACCUCCAGUAUACCAAACUCAGUCUUGCGAUUUCGAAUCACCUUUUGCCAUUGAUAUCUGUUUGCCUAUAUCGUUGCCUUACGGCCUUAGCAGCCAUUAUCAGGAUAUCUUGAAAGGGAGCAAAGAUACGCAAGCGCGAUAUGGACUGCCGCGAUUCCACACUGCAACGCUGCUAGAGAUCUCGGGGUUCAACUCUUCUUGUCCGCACCGGUCUCUUCCCUCCCUCGACCAUACCUCCAAACCACAUCACGCCAUUCGACAGCGCAAGCUCGAUUACCCUCAUCGGAAGAAGGAUAAUAUGGGGUUCCAGCGCAAUAUCAAAAAAAUCAACAUGGGUCCGGCGACAGGCAAAAAGAAACGCGGUCGGGUGAAGCGAAAACCUCAAAUUUCGGUGCGCAAAGCACCUAAAUCUGGCUCCAAGUCUAUUCCAUGUAUCCGAAUGGGCGUCUUACAGGAGUUACCGAUCACACUGGAUAGCCACGAUGAUGCGCCAACAAGGACACCUCUACGUUCUGAACGUCCUCGAACGCAUGUUUCACUCGCCGAGCCAAAUCUACGAGACUUUCGCUACGAAGGCACAAGUGGGAGCUCAGGCGCAUCGCCCAACAAGUUCAAUGCACCCAUAGGCUUCGUUCUACGACGCUUCACACCCGCGUCUAUCAAGCCUACGAAGGAUCGAUCACUUGUUGGAGUACCAGGAGAAACACUUCAACGAGAUUUGGUUAGCGAAAAAGAAGCGUCAUCGAUUCGUAAACCUGCUACGCGACGCACAUAUCGACCCCACUCGCUCAAUAAGUGCCGAAAAGAGGGCAAACCUGGGGAUGUCAAUAUGAGUCUCUCAGAUACCGACGACUUUGGUCUGAGGAGUAAGGUCGCGCAGCUGAUGGCCAUCGCACCGGCACUGCCUAUUGUGGAUCUCUAUCACCUCAUUAUGGACAGCGAAGGCGAUCUACCGUUGGCAAAGAAACAAGCUAUACGAAUGAGCGAAGCUCCACCCAUGCAGUACCGUGCAGCCUUGGACGCAUAUGGCGGGGAAGUUAUGGUGAAGAUAGACCCGAACGAUCCAGAAUUUGAGUGGGACGACGAUGAGCCUCAGCCGGAGUCUGCCGCCACCAUUACAUCAAGACCAAAAGCUACGAAGUCGAGAAGCCUCUACAAUCAUACGAAGUCUACCAAAAACGCAAAGUCAGGAACAAAACACUGCUCAAACACGAGCGCCAAACGAACGAAGUCGUCUUUAAUGAACCCCACACACGCCAGAGAGACCAGCAGCGACCGCGAGUUCAUCGCCCCCGAUAACGUGGUCCAAUACAAUCUCGACUCGGAUAUCUCUAAUGGCUCCGACGAAUUUCUUGGUAUUGAGGUACGCAGUGAACGUGCACCCAGCGACGUUGAGAUGUCAGAUAGCGAGGAUCCAUUAGAUCUGGAUAUAGAUAUGCAGCCGCGCUUUGCAUACAACACCAGACUCCUGAGAAAAAGAGCUAGAGCUGGAAGAUCUGAAGAAAGGUUGACUUGAUCUAAAGGCAUGUAGACGGGAUCGGAUUAGCAUCUGGCGUUUUGCGUGUGUGAAAAUUAAGUUAAAUCAGUUCUCAGGUUACUCACAGUAUUUGGUUUGUCUAUACACGCUAUCGCAUCCUACCGAAGUACAAAGUAUGCAUACUUCCGUACCUUUGACAGUUGGUACCAGUGUUUGUCUUGGUCUUUUGGUAU